CCGGAAGUUCACAGGGUGACGUCUAAAUCGAUUCCCAGCCCUACUACGGUUAAGGCAGCGGAAACAGGACACUGGUUCCCCCUGGACUCCCAGUAAGCAGACUGUGCAGAGGAACGCAGUGUGAGCCGAGAGGAGCGUCGGUCAAUCGGUCAGAAUGCCUCUGCUGUUUCUGGAGCGCUUCCCCUGGCCCAGCUUACACACAUACACUGCCCUGAGCACUGUUCUGCUGGCUGGGACCAUCCUGAGUGCCUACAGCUCGGUCAGAGACUCAGAGGACUCCUCUCCUUUGGCUGGAGACUCACCCAGCGGCUCUGAUGAGGAGAUCAAGCUGGAUCCGCUGGAGAACUUGGGGAACAUGGCCACCAGUGUGCUUGUCUAUCUCAUCACGGACACCCUGUUUGUCUGGGUGAUGGUGAACACGGCAUGCUGCAUCCUCAUGUUGAUCGCUAAAGUGAUCCAGUGCAUUGUGUUCGGCCCGCUGAGAGUGAGUGAGAAACAGCAUCUGAAAGAUAAGUUCUGGAACUUCAUCUUCUACAAGUUCAUCUUCAUCUUCGGCGUGCUGAACGUGCAGCGGGUGGACGAGGUGGUGCUGUGGUGUCUGUGGUUCUCCAUGCUCAUCUUCCUGCAUCUGAUGGUGCAGCUCUGCAAAGACCGCUUUGAAUACCUCUCGUUCUCUCCCACGACCCCGAUGGGCAGUCACGUGCGCGUGUUGUCUCUGCUGGUGUCUGUGCUGCUGUGCUGUGGGGGUCUAGCUGUGCUCUGCGCUGUAGUCGGGCAUCUUCACAGCAUGCACACUGUGGCCUUCAUGGCAGCGGAGUGUUUGCUGGUGACCGUACGCACAGGACACGUCAUCAUACGGUACUCCAUUCACCUGUGGGACCUCAACCACCAGGGCACCUGGGAGAACAAGAGCUCAUACAUCUACUACACUGACUUCAUCAUGGAGUUGACCAUCCUCUGCCUGGACCUGAUGCAUCACAUCCAUAUGCUGCUCUUUGGAAACAUCUGGUUGUCCAUGGCUAGUCUUGUGAUCUUUAUGCAGCUGCGGUAUCUCUUUCACGAGGUGCAGCGAAGGAUUCGCCGCCACAAAAACUACUUGCGUGUCAUUGACAAUAUGGAAUCCAGGUUUGCUGUGGCAACGCCUGAAGAGCUGUUGGCUAAUAACGAUGACUGUGCGAUCUGCUGGGAUUCAAUGACUAGUGCGCGCAAGCUGCCCUGUGGACAUCUCUUCCACAAUUCGUGUCUGCGCUCUUGGCUGGAGCAGGACACGUCCUGUCCCACGUGCCGCAUGUCUCUGAACAUCAGUGAAGGCGUGCGAGAGCGAGAGGAGGGCCAGAGGGAGGUGCUGGAUGAGAACAUGCCUGCUGGGCCAGGAGCAGAGGCCCGACCACACAUCAACCAGCACAAUCACUUCUUCCACUUUGAUGGGUCCCGCAUUGCCAGCUGGCUGCCGAGUUUCUCAGUGGAGGUCAUGCACACCACCAACAUCCUGGGCAUCGCACAGGCCAACAACUCCCAGCUCAAUGCCAUGGCCCAUCAGAUCCAGGAAAUGUUUCCACAAGUCCCUUAUCAUCUGAUCCUGCAGGAUUUGCAGCUCACACGCUCUGUAGAGGUCACCACUGAUAACAUCCUGGAGGGCCGGAUACAGGUGCCUUUCCCAACACAGUCUGUGGAGCGCGCACCCCUCCAGGGCAACACUGGACCUGAGGAUUCAGCAGGGGCCAGCAGCGGGUCAGAGGUCGCGGCCCCUGAGCCGCAAGACUUCGAGGUUCGUGGGAGCCGCUUCUCCAAGUCUGCGGAUGAAAGGCAGAGGAUGCUCAUGCAGAGGAAGGAUGAGCUGCUCCUGAGAGCGCGCAGACGAUAUCUUCACAAAAAGCCGGAUGAAGGGGAUGUGUUUUCUUCUGCUGAUAAUGAUGACGCCAUGCCCUCGAUGGAGGACGAGGACUCUGACUCUGUGACGCUGCGGCGCAGGAGGAUGGCGGCCGCUGCGGAGCGACGCAUGCAGAGACACGAGCCCUCCCCGUUCUGAGCCCAGCAGACACAUGCAUGAUGCGUCUGUGAGACAGCCGUGCCGUCACAGAAUUUCUGGCUGAUCGAUGCACAUGUGUGCUAGAUGCAACUAUACAAGUACCCAUCAAACAUGUCAAAUUGUCCAUUGGAGUAAUAUACGGUGCCUUGGUGCACCAGUCAAAUUUUGGUAAGCAUUACGUAAAAGGCACAUGUAACUUUAUCAACGCGGAAUCAUUUUAAAUAUCUUCGUACCUGAACAAGUGUGGCUUUGACCGCUGCUCGUUAAAUAGAGGAUUUCACGAGUUUGAAUUUGUUUUUUCUUCUGGAAUGCUGCAUUUCUUAAGCAUCUUUGUACGAUUUUAACAGAAUUAUGUUGCAUACUAACAGCUAGACUCAGUCUAGAGCUUAAGCGUCAUGCUUAAGAGCAUGCUAGGGUUGUAAUUUCCAGUUUCUUUCUUUAUCCAGCAAAUAUCCACUAUUUUGCUACUGGUUACUGAAUCGGCCUUUAGGUCGAUUUGGGACAAUCUCGUGUGCUUACGAUAAUGCCACCCUGACUCUUAGAGUCUCUGAGGAGAGUGGCUUCGAUCCUAGCGUCUGCUCCUGCGUUGGUGUGACAACAAAAGCCUCUGUGUGUCAGAAGAGGCGUUUGUUUAGUCACAUGAUCUUGUUUCUCUUGCCAUAAUGUUGUCAUUCAAAGCAGACAUGCUUUAUAUUUAAUUUAUCUGACACUGAACGUGUGCUGUUGGGAAUGUUUCAUCCACUUUGAGCUGCAGGAAAGCAGACUGUGAUCUGGCCUCCAGUCGGGGUCAACACGUCCUAUCCUCAAGUUCAGCGAACCGUUUCCUUUCCAUGCAGAUGACAUGGCGCUUCUACGCCGAGUAAGGUCUAUUUGAUUGGGUUACUCGGCGUACUAUGGUCAAGAGGUCAGUUUUGUAGCUUUUUGCUGUCGGCGUUUUAUUCUGUUUGCAUUUGAAUGGUUGUAAAGACCUUUAUUCUUUAGCACACUAAUGUCUACAAAUGCUUGUCUUUUUCUGGCCCACGGAAUUUAUAAGGUAUUUUCACACGAUAAUUUGGCAAAAUCUUGCAUGUUUAGUUUGAAGUGAACAAGCUUUUCAUGUAAUAGCGUGUGACUUUUAAUACACAUUUGCCUUUGGUUAAAUAACCAUAACCCCAAACAACAUUACCAUGGUCACUUACACAUUUUAUUUUGUUAGUGUGUGUAUGUAUGUAUAUAUAAUAUAUAUAUAUAUAUAUAUAUAUAUACAUACAUACAUGCACACAUAUAGCCAGCCCAUUUGUCAUUCUCAAAAAAGAAGCAUGUCUUCAGAAUUGUUUCUGAUGUUUUACACUGUGAAUCUACGGUCAAAUCUUUUUAUCGUCACAUGGACAUUUUGACAAGUGUUUUCUUUUUUUUCUUUUUUUACCUUUCAUGUAGAAGUCUUUUUCUAUGCAUGAAAUCACUGACCGUUUGUUUCCUGAUCGUCUUUCCCAAAGACUCUCCUGGUGAUUUGCUUUCCUGAAGCUGGUUAUGGUGAUCGUCAUGACCUUAUCCAUAUAGAUUAUUUAUGUUUUGGUUGCACAGAUGCACCUUUCAAUAGUAUUUAAAAAUUAAAUGUAUUAAUGAAAUAUCCACUGGACUGAUUCAGAUCGUCAUAGGUAAUUUGGUUGAAGUUUGUGCUGUGCUUGGAAACCAGAGGGAAGCAUUGGAUUGCAUUAUGUACACAAUUCAUUCAUUUGUGCCUCAAAUCUACAGUGGAAUAAUAAUAGUCUGAAUUGUGUAAAUACUUUUGUAAUAAAGACUGUAAAAUACAUGUGAAAUGACCCUGUACAAAAUAAAAGUCACAGCUGCUUUAGAAGCUUUUACCCACA